AUAACAAUUCCGAUGAUAACAUAGGCUCAUCGUCUUCAAAAAGACAGCACUUUGAAUUUUCGAACAAAAUUGCAUCCAUCAAUUAGAUUGUCUGAAAAAUAUCAUUGCAAUAUUCAUCUGAAAAGAGAAGAUCAAUAACAAAUCAGAGUAUUUAAGAUGAGAGGUGCAUUCAAUUCCUUUAUGAGUUUAACCCAAGAACAGAAAACAAAAGGCUUAGUCACUGUUAGUGAUGGGAAUUUUGCAGAGGCUUUUGCCUUCUUUUGCAAUCAUUUCAAAAUCAAAGGUACAUCAAUUAUCUUAAGGACUAGGAACUGUCUUUUUGCCUGAAGUGUGUUUCCAAUGGAAGAUAGAAAUAAUUUAGAAGUAUGGGAAGGAUUAUGUUGAAAUAAGAAGUGUUGGAGAAUCAUUUGAUGAAGCUGAAGCUGCAGCUUAAGAAUAUAUAAAAUAACAUGAUAGACUAAUGAUACAUCCAUGUGAUAAUGUUAAGGCAAUCAUAGGAAAUGCCACAAUUGUAGCAAAAUAUUUAUUAAUAUAAAGGGCAUAGAAAUAAUAGAAGAGUUUCCAGGAGAAGUAGAUUUCGUUUUUGUGCCAGUUGGAGCAGGAGCAUUGGCAGCUGGAAUAGCAACCUACUUCAAGGCAAUGUCUCCAAAUACCAAAAUAAUUGGGGUUUAACCUGAUGGAGCAGCAUCUAUGAAAGCAUCAUUUGAUGCAAAAAAAGUUGUGACGAUAGAAAGUAUGUCUAGAUUCUGUGAUGGAUCUGCUGUAAAAACAGUUCCUAAACUUACAUUUGACAUUUGUUAACAAAGUCUAGAUGAUUUGGUAGUAGUGCCUGAAGGAAAAGUUAGUUCAACCAUUCUUGNCAGCCUAUUUUCUCUUUAUAUAAAUUUCAUUUGA